CCACAACGGCAAAAGAUACACGCUCUAGAGGUCGCAGCUAAGCACCUGUCCCACCACUUCUUUUCUGAGCCGAGCACCACGUUUCCCGACGCUGACUUGGAACAAGACUUGCAAUCUCGAUCGACAACACCCCAUGCGCUGCUCCUCGGCGCAAGCAAUCGAGCAAGGGACUCAUCGAGCAGGGACAAGCCAAAGAGCGUGUCCAAGCUCAAGCUCAAGAUCAAGCUCAACGCUGCGCACAGGAUUCACAGCCAAGCCAAUAUGAAGGUCAUUCAUCCACGAGCGGCGCUCUUGAGCGAUUACGAGGUGCUGAGCCUGCUUCAAGAUAUGGAAGCGGAGCAAAAGUCAGAUUCCAAAAGACGCACACCGGCCGUAUUCGGUACGCCGGUAGAUGCGCUGGAUACCGCAUCAUCCGACCCGAGCGGUCUAAACUCUUUGGCUCCUGCCACUUCCCUGAUCACCACCAUCGGCGCCUCCUCCUCCUCCUCCUCCGCUGCUGCCGAUACGAACUCCUACCUCUCUCUACAGCCUCCCAAUCUACGUUCCAUCCAAGCAGAUACCUUGCUUUACCUCCAAGCUGAACAUAAACCUUGCGUCGCUGCAGCGCAAAACGCUCAGAGUAUACAGGCGUUCAUCAAGGCUCUCAUGAAGUGGGAGAGGGAGGAAGAGUUGGGGGAUAAGAGGUUGACGAAGGGCGAGAGAUUAAUGUGCGUCAACCUUGCGCCUCGAACUAUUGUGGAGCUGCACUGCGUGGUGGAAGAAUUAUCGGAGCGUCUGAAUUCGGAACAGAUGGAACAUCUUCUCUGGCUCAUCUCUGUUCAUUUCCCACUAGAAGGCGCGCCCGCACCGACAUCGUAUGACCCAUCCAACGGGUCCUAUCAUCCCGAGCACGCGCAUGCGCAUGCGUCAGAGGACGUGGAACAACUGGAACAGUCUGAUCCACUUACUCCAGCCGAACAGUCUCGACAACUGAGGGACAAUCAUAGGGCUAGGUCGGCUGCGCAGAGGCAGCAAUAUGAUAGGAUCGAAGCGGAUGGAGAGUUGGAGGAUGAGCUGUUGAAUGGGUACGAAGAGGAGGAGGAUGAGGAGGAGGAUGAUUUGGUCGAUGCUGCGCCCGAGGUCGACGAUGCGAGGGGCCAAGAGGAGGAGAUGUGAAAAAGCGGGGCCAGCAAGAGAAAAGGUUGGCCAAUCAGGAGAAGAAAGUGUCGAGAUGGAGAAGUUGAUGUGCAGAGGGAGGACGCUUGAGCAAAAUUGGUCGGAGAAGACGCUCCACGUCAAACCCUUUUCUUUUUAGAUCUCGACAAGACGUCUCGCUCAGGUUCUCACUUCUAGCAAUUCCCACAAUAAUGGCUAUGUCCAAGACCAUCUUCUUGCGCUCGCGUCUCCCCUCUGCGCUCGUCCCAUCUUCAUCAGGAUAGACGCUUCACCAAUGUAAUUGUAAAACGUC